AUGGGAUUAUGUUGGGGAGCGCGACAAUAUAAUAGCGUGGUAUACAACACGGUGAUACGACCCAGAGCAAAACUAUUUCAUCAAGAGGCUCUCAGAUUAUUUCAUCAAGAGUCACUUUUGGCUCAAAAAGUGAACGAAAGGGUUUCUGUUAAGCUUUAUGAAAAGUUAACCAAGCAUGGACAAACAACUGUCAAAUUGCGGCCUAUGAUUGAAUAUGCGCCAUUGUACUCCAAAAUGUUAACCAGCGGCAUGGAAUUUCGUAUUAGCGAUUCAAUUCGUAUCAAGGGCUCAAAGGAAAGUUUAUUACUUUUACUAGAAACUGCGACAUUUCAUAUCUUAUGCGUUAUAGAAUGCUUGCAACGUAAACAGCAUAUUCCAGAGGUGCAUCGACUAUUCUUUGAUCGUGUAGUAACAAAGCUUGGAAAGCCUUUAAACGGAUCUCUGGAUCUAAAUAGCCUAGCAAGAGAAUUCGCGAUAGCUGUUGCGCCGGCAUUAGAGGAAGGAGUUCAAUGCUUUAGUGCAAUAACACUGCGCUUGGAAAAGUUCCAAAACAUCGAUGAUCUUACAAACUGGAUCAAAAUCAUAACGGCAAAAUCUUUAUUUAGUGGUUUUUCGUUAGUGAAGGAUGAUAUUCCUGCUUUCGUAAUGUAUUAUUUGAUUACUCGCUCCCCUUUUUUCAAAGAGGAUUAUUUACUACAAUUCGAUAUGUGGAUAAAUAACAUUGAGUAUAUUGCUAUGCAAAAAAGGCAUCAAGUAUCUGCUAUCAAAACGGUCAUUGAGCAUUUGGUUCGUCAUAGUUUUGUGUUUGAACCGGCGUGUCUUAUUCCAUUGAUAAAACACACAUUCCAAGUUUUCCACUCAAAAAGGGCUGGUAUUCAAAUCAAGUUGGGAUCUUCUUACUUUAAUGAUUUGAUUUGGAGUCUAGCAAUCUCCUCUAUCAGGCAUCAAAGUGUAAAUCCAAUGCAUAUUGCAGACGCUCAAAAGUUAUUAAUGGCAUAUACCAACAUCGCAAGUAAACAAGGGCAAGGACAAGCGCAAGGACAAGCGCAAGGACAAGGUGCAAAUGAAAAUUUAAGCUACAGAGCCUAUUUGGGUAUAUCCAUUGUUAUGUCAAGAAUCUCUCGCGAAAAGGGAGAGAAGAUUUUUGAGGCGGCACAAACGAAAUUUGCAAAAGAUUCAAAGUCAAAUAGGGAUAUGGUUGCUUAUUAUAUAUCGCUUAUUUGGCAUUCAAAAACACUAGAAGAAGCUGUGAAAAACUUCCAGAUAGGGGUGGUCAAGUAUGAGCAGUCCUCUAAGUUGUGGCUUGCAUUUGUUCAAAAAUUAAAGUCUUUAAACGCAAUGACUGAGAACGGUGCCAUUGCCAUUUUCCGAAAGAUUAUAGCCUCAAAAGCAAAUGUGACUAGCGACUUGGUUACCGAGCUUCUACAUCCUAUUAGCGAUUUUCGUAAUUUUCAGGAAAUCUACAAUGCUACGCAACAAGUUUUCAAGGGUAAAGAUUAUUUGUUCUUGGUGAAAUACAUGCAAUUAUUACAAGAUAAUCCCCAAGCAAUUUACAAUUUCAAUUUUCCUUGGAACUCAGAAAUAAGUUGUUUACAAAAAAGCUUUGCUUGUAGUGACCAACAUCUAGCGCACUUGAAUGGUUCAAUUUUCUGCAAGUCGAUCCAAUUAACGAGCUCAUACCUCAAGAGUAUUUUCAAAAUCAAUCCAAAGCUAGUUUUUCGAGCAUACUACCUGGAGAUUUUAGAAAAAGGUCAUAUACCGAAUGCAUCGUGCUUGGGAACUUUGAUAGAUACUGCCAUCGAUCUCCAUGACCGUAUAGUAGAAAGCGAGGAACCAAUACAACAAACAGCAAUUGGAGAGUUUCAAAGAAACGUUAAAACCAGUCAUGAGUCAUUUGGGAUUUUUCCUAGCGACGCAUUAUGGGUCAAGUAUAUAAACUUAUUGGCAAAACACAACUACGUUUCCGAACUCUCAAAAAUUAUGAAAUGGUGGUUAGACAUCAAAUUCGAGCCCAAGAAGCAUACCCUUUUGCAACUCUUGGCAGUAUUACCUACGGAUUUCGCCGAGAGACACAUCCGCCACCACGAGCAAGCCAAUCUGAAAAAAGACUGGGACUGGCCAUCGAUGGUAGAGUUUGAAAAGCAUAUACAUAAUAGGCGAGAUACCUCCGCAUAUAGGCAUACCGCCCCGUCGCUGCUACAUUGA